AUGCCGCAGGUGGAGAACUAUGACGAAAACAAGGACCCUUUCAAUCACCUAGAGUAUUUCAAGACCCUGAUGCACCUCCAGGGGAUACCAGACGAGAUCAUGUGUAGGGCCUUCCCCAUCACGCUGAAGGGCCCCGCAAGGAUAUGGUUCAGCAGGCUGACACCCAACUCCAUUAGUUCCUUCAAGGAGCUAAGCACCCAAUUCGCAUUGCACUUCAUCGGGGGACACAGGUAUAAAAAGUCUACGGCAUGUCUGAUGAAUAUAAAGCAGCGAGAGGACAAGACGCUGAGGUCCUACAUAACUUGGUUCAACAAGGAGGCCCUCUCAAUUGAUGAAGCGAACGACAAAAUACUAGUGGCAGCAUUCAUUAAUGGGUUACGGAAGGGUAAAUUCUUAUUUUCUCUAUACAAGAACAACCUAAAGACCAUGUCGGAUGUGCUUUACAGGGCCACCAAAUAUAUGAACGUGGAAUACGCAUUGCUGGCCCGUGAGGAGAAGCCCAGAAAGAGGGGGCGACAAGAGGACACACAGCAGGAUAGGGGACGAAAAAUGGCUAGAACUGAAGAACGACGGGAUGAUAGACGCUCCAAACCCCCUACUGGGAGGUUCACAAGCUUCACCCCUUAA